UGGAAGGCGAGCGAAAACUGCCUCGACUUUGAAACAGGAACUGACGUUGAGUCUGAGUAGAUGGAUAGAUACAUUUUUCCGCAGCAGGAAAAUGGCUUCAAAGAUCGCAGAGUUUGAAAGACGUUCAGACUGAUUCCACUCAGGAACCUACUGAUACCAACACUGGACCCUUGCCCUUGAAUACAUGGCCCCUGCUAGUUGACGCCAUGGCCCAGAUAUCCAGUGGGAAUGGGUUCAGUCAGGAUGUGUCGCCCUCUCCAGGGGCGGGGCGGCCGAAGGGGGCGGUGGGGAGGGAGGAGGCCCUGCGCAUGGAGACUGAAGCUCUGGCCAAACUGCAGAGGGAGAAGAGGCACACGCUUCCUGCAUCCAUACCUUCAUCAUCCGGGUCUUCAUCCUCAUCCACUACCAAGCCCCUGUCUGGUGCCCCCCGAGGUGCGGCCUCUGCCAGCAGGCCCGAAAGAGACCUCAUUGUCUUCCCCGAGUCAGAGGCCAAGAAGAGGGCAGAGCAGGACCAGUUCCGGGGCAUAGACGUGGAGAAGCUGACCAAUGAGGAGCUGGAGAAACUCCUGCUGGACGAUAGCUUUGGGGUGCAGAGCAAAGUGUCCAGACCUUCCUCCCUGCUGGGGUGCAACCUGAGUGCUUCCUACCCUGGCGGCCAGGUGUUCAACCCCUCCCCGUUCCCCGGGGGCAGAGGGCCCUGGCCCCCUUCAAGCACUGCUCUGCGAACCCCCACCCCGACCCGCCAGCAGACCCCAGUCUUCCCCUCCGCACCCUUCCCCAAGCCGCCGUGCCCCUUCCAGAACGGCCUCACUGCCAGCCUGCCGCAGUUCCGCGCUCCGGACAGUCUCUUCCUCGGCCUGCCUGCCCCGUCUCCGUACAUGGCCUUCCCACCCAUGCAGGCCUCCUCCCCCAUGGUCUUCCAGCCGCCCCCCGCCGUGAACCCAGAGAUGGCCAAGCUCUUCGACAAGAUCGCCAGCACGUCAGAGUACCUGAAGAACGGGAGGUCUGCCAGCACCGACCUGGAGUCGGUCAGCGUCAAAUCCCUGUCCCCCAAGCCCCCGGCCCCCGAGGCCCCCAGCAUCAGCCGUUUUGAGUGGCUGGACCUGGACCCCCUCAGCAAGCGCAAGGCCGAGAGUGAGGACACCUUGGACGGCUCUGUGACGGCUAAAGCCGGGUCAGCAGGGGACCCGUGGGAUGCUGUUCUGCUGGAUGAGAGUGAGGGUGCCGCCGGUGCCAGCCCCCCCGCUGAGGGGAGGACCCAGCGCCCAGCCAACACCCAACUGCGUAGGGCGUCGACAGGGACCGCUGUGACGAGGAGCCACUCCCUGAACAUCCCAGCCGCGUCCUCCCCGCUCAGCCAAAACCGUCAGGACACAAAGGGAAAUGGGAAAUUGUCAGCAAAGUACAGCUUCCUUCAAGAGAUGGAAGCCCAGAACGAGGAGGUGGUAGCCUUUUGUGAGGACAUUGCAGCCCUGAGGUCCAAGUUCCCUCAUGACGAUGUGGUCACCAACCCCGGGUACGUGCUGAGCCCGGUCAUCCCGCAGCGGGACAUGAACGGUGACCGUGGCAGCAGCGUGAAGGUUUCCAUAGAGAUCCCAGGCUCCCUGGAGCCCGUCACGUUCACCUGCGACGUGAGUUCCCCGGUGGAGCUGUUGAUCAUGCAGGCCCUGUGCUGGGUUCAUGACGAUCUGAACCAGGUCAACAUCUCCAGCUACAUCCUCAAAGUCUGUGGCCAAGAGGAAGCUCUGCAGAAUAAGCACAGCCUCGGCAGCCAUGAGUACGUUCAGGACUGCAGGAAAUGGGAGGCGGAGAUCAAACUGCAACUGCUCUCCCAGGACACCAUCCGCAGAGACCUCGCCCGCACGGUGGAGGAUGAUUCUGCCCCUAUCCAUCUGGAGAAAUACCUCUGCCACAUAGAGAGACCUUUUAAGGAGACCAUCUCCAGACAGAGCCUCAGCGAUUACCUGGAUGGCUAUCACAAUCAAGUCAGCGCAUGCCUGCAGAAUGAGAACACUCAAUAUAAGACAGUGGACCUGGUGGUCCAGAGUGGGAAGAAUAUGUGCUGUGUUCUGGAUGAGGUUGAGACCCUGGCCAUCACGGAGGCAGUGAAGAAGGUCAAACGCUCUGUCAACCUCCCCAGAACCAAGGCCUCGGAGGGUUCUGCAAAAUCCUCAGGUGGCUCUACGAAUGGCUGUGUCGGCCCUGUGGAGGAGAGCCUGGCCGGGCUGACUGCGGCGAUACACGAUCUGGCCACGCUCUACCUCCGCUCCUUCUGCCCCAUCGUAUCCCAGCAGGCCGAGCGGCGGCCCCGGGAGGGCCGCAGCAGCAAGGAGGCGUCGGGCACCACGGACCACCUGCAGUUCACCCUGUUCGCCGUGCACGGCAUCCCCAACGCCUGGGUCAGCAGUUAUGAGAAGUACUACCUCAUGUGCGCUCUGACCCACAAUGGAAGAAACCUGUUCAAGCCGGUUCAGUCCAAGAAAGUCGGCACAUACAAGAGCUUCUUCUACCACAUCAAAUGGGACGAACUGAUAAAUUUCCCAAUUGCUGUUGCCCUGCUGCCGUUGGAGUCGAUGCUGAUCCUUUCUCUGUACGGGAUACUCAACCAGAACGCCACCAACUCCCCCGACUCCAACAAACAGCGCAAGGGCCCCGAGCUGCUGGGGAAGGCCUCCGUGCCCCUCUUUAACUUCCAACGGGUGCUGGCGCAGGGGACCAAGCUGCUCCCCCUGUGGGCCCCCCUCCCUGGCCCCGCGAGGCGGAAGACCCAGACCGAGAGGAUCAUCCUGCAGGUUGAUUUCCCCACCCCAGCCCUGGACGUCCAAUACGUGGGGCCCCAGCCGGCCAGCUGCCCCGACCCCCAGUCCCUGGAGCACCUGGAUCCAGACCUGAAGAGGCGCGCUGAAAAGCUGUGUGGCAGAGCCUCUACUUUCGGGCUGACGCGGGCGGAGCGGCAGCUCCUGUGGGACUCCCGACACCACUGCCGUGCCUUCGACGGCAGCCUGCCCAAGAUCCUGGCCAGUGCCCCCAGCUGGGACUGGGGCAGCAUGGGGGAGAUCCACGCCCUGCUCCACCACUGGCCCCCGCUGCCCCCCGUCUCCGCCCUGGAGCUGCUCGACUCCAAGUUUGCGGACACAGAGGUGCGGAGCAUGGCUGUCGCCUGGAUAGAGGACAGCAGUGAUGAUGAGCUCACUCAUUAUCUGCCCCAGCUGGUGCAGGCUUUGAAAUUUGAGUGUCAUUUGAAGAAUGCUUUGGUGAUGUUUCUUCUGUCUCGAGCUCAAGGCAACAUCAACAUCGCUCAUCACUUGUACUGGCUCUUGCGGGACGCGGUGCAGGACCCCUGUUUCGGCGCGCGCUACGAAAGCAUUUUGGGGGUUCUUCUGUGCCUGUGUGGGGCGGGGCUGCGGGCUGAGCUGGAUAAGCAGACCAGGCUGGUGCAGCUGCUGGGAUCGCUGGCUGAGAAGGUGCGGCAGGCCAGCAGCUCCUCGCGACAGGCUGUGCUCCAGGACGGUCUGGAGAGAGCACAGUCCUUCUUCCACAAGCACAGCUGUCGCCUCCCCCUCAGCCCCGGCCUGGUGGCCAAGGAGCUCAACAUCAAGGCCUGCUCCUUCUUCAACUCCAACGCCGUGCCCCUGAAGAUCGCUCUGGUCAAUGCCGACCCACUGGGAGAAGAGAUCAAUGUCAUGUUCAAGGUGGGGGAGGACCUGAGACAGGACAUGCUGGCUCUGCAGAUGAUCCGGAUCAUGGACCGCAUCUGGCUGCAGGAGGGCCUGGACCUGCGCAUCGUCAACUUUAAGUGCAUCUCCACCGGCAAAGACCGAGGCAUGGUGGAGCUGGUUCCAGCCUCAGACACCCUGCGGAAGAUCCAGGUGGAGUACGGCGUGACGGGGUCCUUCAAGGACAAGCCCCUGGCCGAGUGGCUCCGCAAGUACAAUCCAGGGGAGGAGGAGUACGAGAAGGCGUCGGAGAACUUCAUCUACUCGUGCGCGGGGUGCUGCGUGGCCACCUACGUGCUCGGCAUCUGCGACCGGCACAACGACAACAUCAUGCUGCGCUCCACCGGACACAUGUUCCACAUCGACUUCGGCAAGUUCCUCGGGCACGCCCAGAUGUUCGGGAGCUUCAAGAGGGACCGCGCCCCGUUCGUGCUGACCUCAGACAUGGCCUACGUGAUUAACGGGGGAGAGAGGCCGACCAGCCGCUUCCAGCUGUUUGUGGACCUGUGCUCCCAAGCCUACAACAUGAUCCGCAAGCACUCUGGCCUCUUCCUCAACCUGCUGUCUCUGAUGACAUCAUCGGGCCUACCGGAGCUCACCGGUGCUCAGGAUCUGAAGUAUGUCUAUGAAGCGCUGCAGCCGCAAGUCACCGAUGCAGAAGCCACCGUCUCCUUCACCAGGUUGAUAGAGUCCAGUCUGGGCAGCGUUGCCACCAAGUUCAACUUCUUCAUCCACAACCUGGCCCAGAUGCGUUUCUCUGGCCUGCCUUCCAACGACGAGCCCAUCCUGUCCUUCUCCCCGAAAACGUACUCCCUCAAGCAGGACGGCCGCCUCCGCGACGCCUCCAUCUUCACCUUCCAGAAGAGAUACAACCCGGACAAGCACUACACCUAUGUGGUGCGAGUGCUGCGGGAGGGGCAGACCGAGGCCCAGUUUGUGUUCCGUACCUUCGACGAGUUCCAGGAACUGCACAACAAACUGACCAUCCUCUUCCCCCUGUGGAAACUGCCAGGGUUCCCCAAUAAGAUGGUGCUGGGCAGGACCCACAUCAAGGAUGUAGCAGCCAAGCGGAAGGUGGAGCUGAACAGCUACCUGCACAGCCUGAUGAGGAGCUCCAGUGAGGUGGCACAGUGCGAUCUUGUUUACACGUUCUUCCAUCCAAUUGCCAGGGACGACAGGACAGAAGGGUUCGAGGGAAUGGCCAAACCUGCAGAGGUGAUGCCGGUGAGCCCAACCUCUGGGCGUGUGGAGGGCGAGGUGAAGUUAUCCAUAUCCUACAGGAACAACACCCUCUUCAUCAUGGUGAUGCACAUUAAAGAUCUGGUAUCCGAGGACGGAGCGGACCCAAAUCCGUAUGUCAAGACUUAUUUGCUCCCCGACCCGCACAAAACCUCCAAGCGUAAAACGAAGAUCUCCAGAAAGACACGGAACCCCACCUUCAAUGAAAUGCUGGUCUACAGUGGCUACAGCAAGGAGACCCUGCGUCAGCGUGAGCUGCAGCUGAGCGUGCUCAGUGCCGAGUCGCUGCGGGAGAACUGCUACCUGGGCGGGGUGACGCUGGGCCUGCAGGACUUCGACCUGAGCAAGGAGACCACCGGCUGGCACAAGCUCACCGCCGUGCCCUACUUCUGAAGUCUCAGUCCAAUCCAGCACACCUCUCAUUACACCCCAACACUAAUCAUGCCCCUGUCCCCUUAUGCACACUAUAUUUUUGUUCCCAGAAUAUAUAGGAAAGCUGUAUUAAUAUUUUGUACAUUUGACGUUGGAGGACCAAAACCAGCUCAUUUUUUGAGGAGUGUGUAUAUAUUAAUAUAUAUGCAUAUAUACAUACCAUGUAUUUGUAAAACGGCUCAUUUUCACUUUUCACUUUUUUUUUCUUUUUCUACGUAGCACAUUUUUCAGUAGGAAACGCUGAUUUUUCCCUGUGAGUUUGUGAUGUGUGAACUUGUAGGAAGGCUGUAGUGCUGUAAAUGAGACGUGCCCCAGAAUACGUGCCAAAAAGCAAAAGACAAGACAAAACGUCGACUGCAAACCACUUCCCUCGGGGGGACAAAGCGUGCGACUGAACCUGAGAUAUUCUCUCUCUUCACCCGGCCUGCAUGCAGUAUAUAUUAUCCACCAUGUUAAUCACAGUUACAACCUUCAUUCAGGCCAAAGUCUUCCAACAUUCAGCACCACUGCAGUUGCCACACUUCCUCAAGAUGUCAAUCAGGCUGAUUAUGGAAGCAUGCACACUUCAGGGUUGGUCCCAAUUCCGUUUCUGUUCAUUCCGUUCAGGAAAUGAAUUUAAAACCAGUUCUGGAAUCGAUAAUUGGCCCUAAUGUUCUCUAAUAAUGUUCAAGGAAUUUCUUGAAUUUCAAUUCAUUUCUUGAACUGACCAAAUUGCAAAGCAGCCCUCACUAGGUUCAUGAGUUUUAAUGAUAUAAACUUGGCUUGUAUGUAGGAAAUAACUCCUUAUGACCAUUGCGUUUAGACUAAAGGGAAUGACAAUGUUUGGGGACUUGGAGUGGAGGGAUUUCUGCUACAGCCCUGCUGUGUAACUAAAGUUGAAAGAGGAAAUAUGCUUUUACUGGAAGUGUCUUUUUAGAGGAUUUCAAAAGUGGAAGCUUAUAAAAUCAACAUCAUGCUAUAAAAGAGUGAUUUCAUUCUUUUAAUAACUGUAAAAAACAUGCUGAAUUUCUGAAAAUAUGGCCAGUUAUUUAUUUUUAAUUGGUUAUCUUUAACCUGGGUAGAUCAGUAUGUACUGUAAGCCUUUUUCCUACAUGAAACAUUUUUGAAACUAGGUUUCUAAUAAAUUGAAUUUCUUAUUUCUGUAAUGAAGUUCAAUAUAAAAAAUAUGUUAUUCAUCCACUUAACUCACCAGAUGCAUAUUUGCAAUAUGCUUUGGUAAAGAAUAUUUUCUUAAAACCAAAUAAAUGUUACCUCUAA